CAAAGAACUGUCGAACAGUUUGUCUUGAGCUCUUAAACGAGGUCCACUUGUCCGCUACAUUCUGAACGGAAUGCUUUCACCAAGAAAAGAAAACAAGGAGAGCUGUUAAUUUUCACAAUGUGAAGAGCAACUCAUGAAAUAAAGAGGAAAUGGCGGAUGAACGCCCACCUGAGAAGGCUGUCACGGUCCAGUCUCAGAUAAGAAUUAUUCGGAUAGUUUCAUUCGCCGAAAUCUGGACGUCUCUAUUAAUUCUCCUAUGUCAAACCAUUGCAAUCGCUGCUUCCUAUGAAUUCUCUACUCGAUCUCUGACUGGAAUAUGGACAUCAUUUUUCUUUUUUAUGACCGCUGGAUUAGCCCUGUUUUGGUCUGUUCGUUGCACCUUUAAUGGACUAUUAGCCAUCUUGGUGCUCCAGAUAAUUGCGGCCACGAUGACCAUUCCGCUGCUAACGGCGAGCUGUAUUAUGCUGGGCGUCUAUAAUUUCGUAUGGAAUCCUGACGAAUACGGAGCGAAAGAAGUCGGGUCAUCGACGACAAUAUUGACGACAAAUAUUGGUCUAAUGGUUUUGGCUAUCGCCGAAAUGGGGCUCAAUUCUUAUAACGCCUACAAAUGCUAUUUUCUUGCCUAUGGGGGUCAAACUCAACCAAAAGAGAACAAUUACGACCAUCCAUCGAUUAGCAGUUCCUCCGAGAGUGUGGAUGGUGGCGAGAGAGAUGAUGGGAUUGCUGGUGGAAUGGCCAAUAACGUUGAAGAGGAAACAAAGGCCGACCCUGCCAUGCCUUUGCCCCUUCCAGAUUUGAUGCUUGGUUCAGCGGAUGUCCUCAUUUUCAAGUACAUCGGCGUUGCUGGAGUGAUAUUUUCCCUAAUUAUAUUCUGCUCUCAGACAGCCAUGCUAGUUUUGGUGAGCAACAACGGAAUAAAAAUUGGGGUCGGAGUUUGGGGAGCUGUGUAUUUCUUUGUGACUUCAGUUAUAAUUUUGCUUUCAAACCCAACGUCUCAAAGAAUUUUUUUCAUAUUUAUCCUCCAACUGGUGCAAUUCGUCAUAUGCAUCAUAAUGGUCUCUGUGGGACUUUACAUUGUUGCUUCAUUUGGCUCAUGUAUUCAGCAGACCCCGUUUGAUGACUGCACUUACACCCAAGCUUCAGAUUUGAGUGUGACAAUUCUUGGAGGAGUGAUUGUAAUUUGUGGAAUGGUACAAGGACUUUUGUCCCUUAUAAUAGCAUUAAUAUGCUCACAAUCUGUCUGUGGAGUGCGAUUCAUGAUUUCAGGAGCAACAGUCUACCCAUACCCAAUUCUUUGAGGUGUUAUUUUUGAUUAUAAGUAUUAUUUUUUUUACUGGUGCUAUUAAAUAUUUCUUGUGACUGAAUGUAAUGAAACAAUACUUUAAGGUUCAAUUUAACAUGUAAAUAGAACAACACUACUCAAUCCAAUAGUGUAUAGUGUGCAAUAAUAUUGGCGAGCUUCAAGUUUCAACAUGAAAAUUAUGAAACAACCAGGAAAUAUAAACGUUUGAUUGAAUGUCCUCCUGCUGACUUAAAAAUAUAUACAAACACUAUCAGCAAAUUUGUAGUAUUAUAUAAUCGUUUGCUGGGCGAACACCCCAACAGGUGACGCGCCCAUUGUCACAGAGAGAUUGUGAUCGGGGAAAGAAAAAA